AUGGUCUCUGCAAAUUAUAUCCUCAGUCUUUUGGUAUUAGCUCCUCUUUUGGUACAAGCUCAACCUACAAAAACAAGUAGCGCGCCUUUAGCUAAACGGUCGCCUUACGAUUGCUUCGACAGUGGCCACUGGGGCUAUAUUCGUGACGUAUUGAGUGCCUGUAGUCAAGCUACUGUCGAUUUAUCAAACCAGUUAGUCGGCAGGAGCUACGCCGCACAAAGAACCUAUGGUCCUUUUAACACUGGAAGUGGAAGAAGAGCUGUAGUCAGUGUCAAAGUGGCAAAUGAUUUUGGAAGGACAUACGAGACCGUUCAUGGCACCGACAUCAACUUUGCCUGUAACGAAAUAGUUCAAAGAUGUGCUGGUGAUAACAGAGAUACUCGCGGUGGAUGGUCUAUCCAAGGUCCCUUUAAGAUUACCGUUGAUGUAAACGCAUGUGGCUGCUAAUCUAUCUGAAUUGUUCCCUG